AUGACAGGAUUUGAAAUGACGAGUAAUAACAUAUUAGGCUUCUGUUUAAUUUUUGUUAUCUGUCUGUUUGUCAUAUUCUUCUCCAUUGGUCCAGGACCUCUUUGCUAUUUCAUAGCAUCUGAACUUGUUGGACAUACAGCAAGAAGUGCUGCACAGAGCUGGGCAAGCAUUGUUCAAAUGUUGAGUCGUUUCAUAUUGGUUCUGGCGUAUUUGCCUCUUAAAAAUGCCAUCCACUCCUUCGCUUACUUGUUAUUAUUCAUUGGGCCAAUUUUCGUUUCCAUAGUAUUUCUAUACUAUCGAUUGCCAGAAACCAAGAAUA